GUGAACGGUGGACAAAAGAUCAGUAGUAUUCAUUACGGAAGAACUUUGAAUGUGAAAAAAUACUUUCGGCGUACAACAGAAUUUCUGUUGAAAUUAGUUUCAAGAUUACAUUUUUGGACUUUAGUUCGUGGAAUAUAAACAUUAUUGACUCAUUAUUAUUAUUUAAACAUGUUAAUUGACUCGAAAAAGGCGUGAAAUACAGAAUACGUUGUCUCUAAACUUACUUCGGCGAAACAAUAAUCAUGCUUGAUCUACCUCCAUUUCUUUAACUUUAUAUAUUUGUCAACUAUGACUUGCAUUACCGAUAAGGAAGUGAACGCAAAUGCAGGUUCUUCGUACUAGCAGAAGAAGCCAGCUAACUAAUUGUCAACUAAAGCUGCUAGCGUAGUUCAACAGCGGAUUAAUUCUUAGUUUUUCAGAUAACACGUUUCUACGGCACGAUCACUCCUAAAUAGAUGUUAAAUAAUGAGGUACAUCGCAAUGACAUAUUCUCUGAGAACACUUUUGUCGGUCCUUGUGGUGAUAUUUCUUCUAUUAUUAGGGAUUCCUUUUCUCACCAAAAGUGUGAUAGUAGAAGUUACUGAAGUUACCGAACACGAAGCGAUGCGUUCUUCUCCCGAGACGGAGGACUUGUUUUUCCACCCUGACCUCCUGGGCAAAGACAUGCGAGACGAGGCCGUCAUCCAGGCAGCUCGAGAGGCCCUCAUCGCGCCCGCCCGAGAGGGUCCUUACUACCUUGACAACCCGCGCCAGAAGUUCUACUCCCAGCACGGCCAAGACAAACACGUCACGAAGAUUUUCAGGGAUAUGAGAGGAGGCUUCUUCUUCGAAGUAGGAGCGUUGACGGGAGAGAGCUUAUCUAACACACUGUACCUUGAACGGGAGCUCGGCUGGACGGGCGUUCUGAUGGAGCCCACGCCCGUCAGCUACCACGUCCUCAAGAGCAAGAACAGAAGAGCGCACAUCAUGCGGGCGUGCCUCGCCCCCGACACCAGCUACAGGGAACCUGUCUUUGAUAUAGGGAGAGAAGCUUGGGGCAACACUCUUGUGGACGCCGAGAAGACCAGUAAGUCGGUGGGAGUUCCGUGCUAUCCAUUCUACAGCAUCCUGGCGGCCCUGGGCAACCCUGUGGUGGACUACAUGUCACUCGACGUCGAGGGCGUUGAAUUGAAGGUGCUGAAGAGCAUCCCGUGGGAUGACGUGAAGAUCAGAGUGAUCACCAUCGAGAUCUUCUUACUUCCUGAAGGCCCUGAAGCGCUCAGGACGUUCAUGGAAGGAAAAGGCUUCAAGUUUAUAAAGCAACUCAACCAAGACUAUCUGUUCAUCAAUAAACAACUCAGUGGAGGUUUGAACAUGAACGUUACUAAGUAAGAAGCUUCUAAGCAUACGAAUAUCAAUGAGAAUUAAUUUCCAACGCUGUUCUCUCUUAGGUAAUUAAUUCGCUAGUUUCAAUCGCUAAUAUAAAUAAUUUAAAUUCCGUUUUCCCUCGUUAGUUUGAACGAAAAUUAACUGAAUUUUGUUGGAAGACUUGCAAACGCAAUCCUUUACCUACUCGCUGGCGGAUAACUUUUUCGAUAGUUGUUUGAAAAUUAGCAUGAAAGUUUCGAAAAAGAUGAAAGGAUACAAAAUUUAAGAACUUUCUGUUAUACUGAAUAAUUUGAACUUCCACUCAACAAUGUCCUUCUAAUUUUUUUGUACUAAUCUGUUUUAGUCGCUGUAAAAUUUCACGCGGUUGAUCCUUUGGCAAAUCAUAACAAAUUGGGGAAAUAAUUGCGGUCCAUCCAAACAUUUUGAUCAAUAGUAUAAUAGUCGGCUCUUUCAACAAUCAUUCCAUAAAGUUUGUGUUUACUGCUUUAAAUUGGCCUUGGAAUAAUUUUGUAAUUCCAGUUAUGUUUUCGCUAUGUUAGGGCUGUUGCAAAGUAAAACCAAAUGAAUCUGAAAACAAAGGUUCCCAGUUGCGAAAUUUGAUGCUUCGUAAUUUCUUACUAAAUGAAAAUGGAUGAUCUAUGAAGUAGCUGCACGAGUCUUAUGACUUUGGUUUAGAUAUAUUGUCAAGUUUCUUAUUACUUUUUUCAAUAUAUUGUACAAUAUUUUUCGUUUGCCUUGGUAAUUCGAAAAUUAGUGUACCGAUGAACAUUUUUAUAUCUUUAACAACGUUUCGAAUGUAUCAGUCAUUCAUUAUUAAGUUACAAGUCACUUUGAGCGAUGAAAUUUGGAUCGGCAUAAGUACAAAAUCUUGCAAAUAGGAUACUAGUACUCAAAAAUCAAUUUGGUUAGAAAUAAAUAUAAAUAUGAUAAAGAAUUA